UGCACGGCUGAAUACGCACCAUUGCAGCAAUUCGCUCAUUUCCCCACGACAACGUGGAGGAUCUCAUUCGAAAGGGAGCUGAUGUGAACCGGAUGCAUGGCACACUUAAGCCCCUGCACUGUGCCUGUAUGGUCGCUGAUGCCGACUGUGUGGAGCUGCUAUUGGAGAAGGGCGCAGAGGUGAAUGCUUUGGAUGGGUACAACCGGACAGCACUGCACUAUGCAGCUGAGAAGGAUGAGAGCUGCGUGGAGCUGCUGUUGGAGUAUGGGGCCCAGCCAAACGCCCUGGAUGGCAACAAGGACACUCCACUUCACUGGGCCGCCUUCAAAGAUAACCCAGAGUGUGUGAGGGCACUGCUGGAGAGUGGGGCCUGUCCCAAUGCCAGGGACUACAACAAUGACACGCCUUUGAGCUGGGCAGCAAUGAAGGGCAACCUGGAGAGUGUCAAAGUGCUUUUAGACUAUGGAGCCCAGGUCCAUGUGACCAACCUGAAGGGACAGACCCCUAUCUCCCGACUGGUUGCCCUCUUGGCCCGGGGCCUGGGUACUGAACAGGAAGAGGAGUGCCUAGAGCUGCUUUGCCGGGCAGCAGGGCGGUUUGAGAUCCGACGGGCUGACGGCACCCUUCCCAGGGAGCUGAGUAAGGAUCCCCAGCUGCUGGCAAAGCUGACCAACAUGGUGGCUCAGGCUCCCACGCUUCGGUCUUUGGCACGCUGUGCUACCCGUCAGAGUCUUGGAGUCCAGUUCCUCCCCACUGCUGUGAAAGAGCUUCCUUUACCAGAGACUAUCAAAGACUAUUUACUGCUGAGAGACUGAGGUGAUGAAACCAUUGAAGAGCUCUCCGACCUCACUGGCUGGUUAAUAGACUGCUAAUCACACAGCAUUUAAUGGCAAGGACAUGUCUCCGUUGAAUUGUCUGGCAGUGGCCCUCAUUUAUCAAACCUUGCUGAAUACAGAUUUAUGCCCCAGGAGAGAUGUUCAACCCCCUCCAAGUCUUUUUAUUUUUUGGUGGUUGGACAACAUCUAAAUGAGCCGUAAAGAUUGGCAAAUUUGAUCAGUUUCAGUUGUAGGUAGAAGACUGCACCAGUCCAGGGUUUAUAUUGUUACAUAAACCGCUAAAGAGUAUGCACUUUUUGGUAACUCUGGUCUGGCCUGUUAAAAAUGUCUUUUCUCAGCCCACCCUGCAUGCAGUACAGAAAAGAAACUAUAACAUCAGGGUUGUUAGGCUUCAUCAUAGGAAUUGACCUACAUGAAGCUAGUUGUGUCCAAUCACCCAGCUGUUCACAAAGAGCCAGUGCAUCUUUGAAAUUUUAAGUGGGCUUAUUAUUAAUUUCUUGUAUGCAACAUUUACAAGUAUUUAAUAUCAAUACUUUUUAAAGAUUAAAUACAAUUAAAUAUGGUUUUGUCACAGAACAUGAGGAAGAUCCUAAAUAUUGAGUUUAGUGGUAAAACUAGUGUAUCCUCAUUGUAUGAUUAGAUUUAAAUUGAAUAUAGGUUUAUGAAUGAGGGCUAAUGUCUAAUGAUGCAGGUUGUUCUCUCAGAGGAUAUAGUUCCUGAAGUACUGCUCAGGAACAAAUGUUAUGUAGUGUUUGUAUGAUAGUUGGAGUGGCCAUCUUUCUCUCAACGACAUCCCAGUGAACUCACAAUGCAAUCAUUUUUGCAAUACCAAGAAAAACAAAAAACAAACGCAUACACUUGAACCGAACAGAAAAGAUUGUGCCAGAUGGGAACUGUUUUGUUUUUUAUGGAGAAGAAAGGAAAUGUUGCAGAAUAUUAUCAUUGGUUUCACAAAAUGUGCCAGGCACACUAAUCUAUGCCUCCAUCUAGCCCUCUGAAAAUGUUCCAUGCUGAUGAAAGUGAUGUCAACAUGCAGUUGCCAAGGAUGAAUACAUUUUUUUUGUUUUUACAAUGGUUCUUUUCAGUCUUAAUUGCAAACGUUUGGGUUUUCAAAGGUGCUCGCUGGUCCAAUGCUGUUGCAGCGUAUGUUUAAAAAUACUUUAUUUAAAAGGAAAUGUUUAAAUGUUAGAUCCAUGAAAUGGCAUGAUUGCAAUUUUUUUUUCCUUGAAAAAAUUAACUAAAUAAGCUUGCAAAAUGUAUUUACAUUUGUUAUGGCAUAUGUCUGGAAAUUGACUAUUUCUGUGCUUGAUUUUGUUUUUCUUGUUCUGCUGCUGUAUAAAAAGUAACCCCUUAGAUCACGUCUUGUGUACACCUGCAAAAGUGCUUUUUUCUUUGUCAAUGAAAGUAAAUGCCUUCAUAUUCCAUUCA